ACAAAUUCCUGAUAAUUCGGUGUGGAGGCGUUAAUCGACACGAGGAUUUGCACAUGCCAAGAAGGCGAGGCUGGCAGCCUCACUGGCGAUGCAUCCCUUAAAGGGCUCCCCACGCUGAUUCCAACUUCUCUUACAGCUCACUGGCAACACUAAAACAUCGACGACGACAAUGCCCGUCCGCAACUUUGACGAUCCCUACUACAAGCGCGUCUGGAAGAUUAUAAAAAUCAUCUUCGAAGCUACUUUCGAGGCUUUCAUUCCAGCAUUACUCGGGAUCUUCCUCGUUGGGCUUGUGCUAUUUAUUAUUGUUGUUAUAAUAAUGGUGAUUGCAUCGGCCCUGGGCAUCUCUAAGUCGCCAGCGGAAGAUUCAAAAAAGGCAGAUUCGGAUGAAGUCAAAGCAAAAGAGAACCAAACAGUCCCUGGGCAGUCAGCCCAGGCGGUUGAUGAACAGACACGCCUUCAGAUCGAAAUUCAGUUCUUGGAGGAAACGUUGAAAAUACGGCGAGAAGUACUAGAGAAAUUGGUGAACAGUAAGGCAGUGGAAAGUAAGUGAGGUAUACAUCUUUGUUUUACUGCUGCAUAUUCGCUUGAUACUUGGUUAGGAUGACUGGAAUAACCAACAAGAUAAUAGCAUCAGCCCGGGUUUAGCCGGCAAAGCAGCCAAACAAACAUACAGAACAUAUGACCUGUAUUCCUUUUCUGCCAGUGGAUUAAUAAACAUGAGAGUGUCUGUCAAGCGCUCUCAGCCUGUGGCCUCCAAGACUAAAGAUAGAUGACCCCCCCUGUACAGCUGGUGACCUAGUGAUUCUGGCCACACCCACUGGCAGGUGAUUUGUCUCCGGCCUUCUUGGCUUUUAUAAUACAGCAUCUAUACAGCAAGAAUGGUCAGAGCAGAUAGCUAGAAG